UUUCUUUCAGCCUUUUCACUCUGACAUGGCAGAAAAACCACCGAACAUGCCCACACAAACACCUAACAAUGAAGAUACACAAACUGAGAACAUCCGUUGCUUAGCCACUCUUGAACAUUUUGGGUUUGAGUGUUUGCCCACUCAGAUGGUGAACAGAUCCAUCCAGAAAGGAUUCUCUUUCAAUAUUCUCUGCGUGGGAGAAACUGGAAUUGGAAAAUCAACGCUGAUCAACACACUGUUCAAUACCAACAUGAAAGAGAGCAAGACCUCCCACUUCUAUCCAAAAGUUGGACUUAAAGUGAAGACAUAUGAACUUCUGGAAAGAAAUAUUCCACUGAGAUUGACUGUUGUGAAAACAGUGGGAUAUGGAGAUCAAAUAAACAAGGAAGCCAACUACCAGCCAGUAGUUGACUACCUGGACGCUCAGUUUGAGGCCUACCUCCAGGAGGAGCUGAAGAUCCAGCGCUCUCUGGCCGACUAUCAGGACUCUCGCAUCCACGCCUGUCUUUACUUCAUUGCACCCACAGGGCAUUCUCUCAAGUCCCUGGACCUGUUAACGAUGAAGAACAUCGACAAGAGGGUGAACAUCAUACCACUGAUUGCCAAAGCCGACUCACUUUCCAAAAGCGACCUACAGAAAUUCAAGAGCAACAUCAUGAGGGAACUGGUGAGCCAUGGAGUUCAGAUAUAUCAGUUCACGGCAGACGACAGUGAAGCAACUGCUCCAGAAAACACAUCAAUGAACGGAAUAUUACCUUUUGCUGUGGUAGGAAGUAUGGAGGAGGUGAAAGUCGGAAAAAGGAUGGUCAGAGGUCGUCAUUACCCGUGGGGGGUUUUGCAAGUGGAAAAUGAAAAUCAUUGUGACUUUGCGAAGCUCCGGAAUCUGCUUCUGUGUACUAAUAUGGAAGAUCUGAAAGACCAAACCCACACCCAGCAUUAUGAAUGCUACAGGAGCAACAGGCUGCAGAAACUGGGCUUCCGUGAUGUGGGCCCGGACAAUCAGCCUGUGAGUUUUCAAGACAUGUAUGAAGCCAAAAGACAAGAGUUCCAUGAGCAGUGCCAGCGGGAGGAGGAAGAACUGAAGCAGACCUUUGUGCAGCGAGUGAAGGAGAAGGAGCUGACCUUUAAGGAUGCUGAAAAGGAGCUGCAGGACAAGUUCGAACACCUGAAGAGAAUCCAGCAAGAGGAGAUCCUGAGACUGGAAGAAGAGAGAAGAAAGUUAGAGGAGCAAAUCAUCGAGUUCUAUAAGAUGAAGGCCGCCUCUGAGACAACACAGGCUCAGGUGUGUACCAGCGUUAAGAAGGACAAAGAGCGUAAGAAGUAA